AUGGUGCAGUGGUGGACGUUGAAGCGUCUUGUAACGGCAGACUGGGACUCCCCUGCUUCCAAACGUCCAAUGCAUCCGGCCUGGCACCUCCCCGGCACUACACCCCGUCCAUCCAACGCUCCCCAGCACUACCACCACCGACCCCACAUCCAGCAGCAUACAGCACUACACCCCGACCACAUCCAGCAGCCUCCCCAGCGCACCCAGACCCGCAUCCAGCAGCACCUCCCCAGCACUGCACCCCGACCCACAUCCCGGCGGCACUCCCCAGCGCUGCGUCCACAUCCAGCAGCAGCAGCACCUCCUGGCGCACACGCACACGACCCACAUCCCAGCCUUGGCACCUCCUGGCCUGCACCCCCGACCCACAUCCCAGCAGCACCUCCCCAGCACUGCACCCGUCCCACAUCCCAGCGGCUCCCAGCACUACACCCAGUCCCAUCCAGCGGCCUCCCGGCACUGCACCCCGUCCCACAUCCCCGGCACCUGCCCGGCGCCACCCCAGUCCCACAUCCAGCAGCACCUCCCCAGCUGCCCCCGUCCCUCCCGGCGGCACCUCCACAGCACGGCGCCACCCCGUCCCACAUCCCGGCAGCACCUGCAGCUACACCCCGACCCAUAUCCAGCAGCACCUCCCUGGCCACUGCACCCCGACCCACAUCGGCGCCUCCCCAGCACCACACCCCGACCCACAUCCAACAGCAGCUCCCCAGCACCGACCCACAUCCAGCAGCACCACAGGACUACACCUGUCCCACAUCCAGCAGCACCUUCCCAGCGCUGCACCCCGACCCACAUCCAACAGCACCUUCCCAGCACUACACCCCGACCCACAUCCAGCGGCACCUCCCAUGCGCCCUUUAG